AUGCCCACCAAGCUCUCAGCUUCUACCAACCACACCGCACCGCUCCCGCACGCAGACUACAACUUUCCUGCACUCAUAUUAGGAAUACUGCUCAUUAUUGUCAUUAUCUGCGGAAACCUGCUGGUGUGCAUCAGUGUGUUCAGAGAAAAGGCUUUAAAAACUACCACCAAUUACUUCAUAGUAAGUUUAGCAGUAGCUGACCUGCUCCUGGCAGUGCUGGUGUUACCACUGUAUGUAUACUCUGAGUUCCUGGAUGGAGUCUGGUCACUGAAUAUGACAAUAUGUGACUUUCUGAUGACCAUGGACGUGAUGCUGUGCACCGCUUCCAUAUUCAACCUCUGCGCCAUCAGCAUUGACAGGUUCAUCGCUGUGUCUGUCCCACUAAACUACAAUCGAAAACAUGUAGAUCAGCGGCAAAUUGUCCUCCUGUCUGCCACAUGGAUCCUGGCAUUAGCUGUGGCCUCACCUGUUCUGUUUGGCAUCAAUAAUGUGCCAAAUCGGGACCACAGCAAGUGCAAGUUGGAGGACAACAACUAUGUGGUCUAUUCCUCUGUCUGCUCCUUCUUUGUGCCCUGUCCCAUCAUGCUGAUGCUCUACUGUGGCAUAUUCCGGGGCCUCAGGAAAUGGGAGGAGAUGAGGAAAGCCAAGCUGAAGGGCAACACCGAAGUCUGUCAGAAGCUUCAGGAGGCAGCGGUAACCCUACCCCCUCUGGCGUCUCUUCCACCCCCUCUGCCUCCAGUUAUAGAGAACAACUUUAUGGAUAUAACCAUGAAAGAACUACAUCAGGACCCUGAACAGGAUGGCUCUUAUACAAUGGAAUGUAAGGAUGGACCCAUAGCUUCACUGGCAUACACCGAUGGAGCUUAUUGCCAGGACCAAAACCAGGAGAGGAAGAGGGCAAAGAUUAAUGGGAGGGAGAGGAAGGCCAUGAGGGUACUUCCUGUUGUUGUUGGUGCCUUCCUGUUAUGCUGGACUCCGUUCUUCGUAGUACAUACAAUGUGCGCUUUCUGUGAGGACUGUGACAUUCCCAGCAGUCUCAUCAGCACCGUGACAUGGCUGGGUUACGUCAACAGCGCUAUCAACCCUAUCAUCUACACUGUCUUCAACACGGAAUUCAGGAAGUUCUUCAGGAAAUUCUUAUCUAACUGCUGGUAGACACUUUACAUGUGUUUGUCAUGGUCUGACAUCACCCAGAAACAUUUGGUGCAAGGCAGAAAUACACCCUGAACAGGGAUUCAAUCUAUCACAAGGCAAGACAUUUUUACUCUGGGAAAACAUGUAAAACUCCACAUAGACUGCAACGU